AAGUAAAGCUAAAAACAAAAAAAACAAAAACUCGUUUAAUUCCUAUUGGAGUAUUGGGUUUAUGAAAAGUUCCUCACACAGGCAUAAAUACGUGAAUAACAAACACAUGACUCAACCGUUUUGGUAGAUCACUUGUUCUGCAAAAAGGGGGUAUAGUUUGAUCGGUGUUUGAUAAAAGAAAGAAGAAAGAUGGGUAGGCUUUUUGUGAUCAGUCUUGAAGGAAACAUCUAUAGAUGCAAGCACUGUCAUACCCAUUUUGGUCUUGCUGAUCACAUUAUUUCUAGGACAUUCCAAUGCAGGCAUGGGAAGGCUUACCUCUUUGAUCGAGUUGUGAAUGUUACACUUGGAGAGAAAGAAGAGCGGAUGAUGCUGACUGGAAUGCACACUGUUGUUGACAUAUUCUGUGUAGGAUGUGGCUCUAUUGUGGGGUGGAAAUAUGAAGCUGCGCAGGAGAAAAGCCAAAAGUACAAGGAAGGGAGAUUCAUCCUUGAGAGGUUUAAGAUCUUGGGUCCAGAUGGAAGUAGCUAUUCAAUAAUUCAAGAUGCUCAGCUUGGAGGAAGUGAAUCAGAUGAACCUUGAGUAACCUUUGGCUUCACCAUUCAUCAUUAUCCCUUGACAAUUAAAGAUCUAUUACAAUUGUACAUCCUCUCAACUUCCUGCCUUCGUCGAUACAAGCAAUCUUAAAUUGCUUUUAGUACAGAUGCAAGUAGCUUAUAUAGACAAGUUUUGCAGGAUUAUUUUAGAAUGGACAAUUACUCUACUUUUAGUCUCUCUGGUUAUUUCAUCCGAGUUGGUAUAUUCCUCUUUCCCGUAUAGGCUUUGACUUGCCUUGAUAGAAAUCUGAUAUUCAGCAUUGGAUUGGCUUCAGUGACUAUGAAGCUUUUCAGUUUUCAGCUUAACCUUUGGAAAGAAAAGGUUUGUCCAAGUUGGCCAAUCACAUUCAUGCAUAAGGGGAGCAAUAUUGGACUUCUAUGUUUUGUACAUAAUUUGUAUCUUAUAUUGCAAUUAUAUAGGCCAACUUUGAACUUCAUUAUAUCCUCAAACAAGAAGUAUUUGUGACUUGUGAUAUAUUUCACCAACUUAUGAGCAUUGCAAGUGGAGUGAUGUGGAGUGCUUACAAGUUCUUGGGAGAAAAUACGUGAGUAAUGAGAUUGUUAAACAAUA